GUACUGUUUUGUCGCCGUCUCGCUUUGAUCCACUACUUUUGGUGGUUUUCCCUGUUUAAUCAAGGCUAUGAAAAUCUCUACUAUAAGUAGUCCCAACAGGUAUCAACAGGUCAGUCUCCUCUGUGUAUAAAAAUAUGAGGGGCAACAUAAAUGUUGGUCUCUCUUCUCCAGGUCAGUUUCAGCUGAGUCUGAAUCUCUUAUGAUAAUCAAAUCCACAGUGUUUGGAGACAUCUUCAGGAAGGACACUGCACUCACUACAUAAAGAGAAGACCAUCACUAUAAAUAAGUGAUAAUAGUAUUGUGAAACCAAUAUUCCUUUUAUACAUAUAUAUGUUGUCUACCACCAAAAUAUAUACACUACAUGUUAGUGUGGACUUGGUCAUUUUGUGUUUCAUUAGUUAUUUCAUGUCUCUGAGGUAAUUUUGUGUCUUUUUUGUGAUUUUUUGUCUUUUCGAGGUAAUUUUUUGUGUUUUGGUUUGUUUUGCAUCUCUUUUGUGUCCCUCUGUUCCCUCUUUGGAGUCAUUUUGUGUCUUUUCAAAGUAGUUUUUUCGUGUCUUUUUGUGGUAAUUUUAUGUCUUUUUUUGUUGUUUUGUGUGCCCUUGUGGUCAUUUCGUGUCUACUUGAGGUAAUUUAGUCUAUUUCUUGGUAUUGUGUCUUUCUUUGUAGUCAUCUCAUGUCUCUGUAGGGAUUUCUUGAGGUACAUAUUUGUCUUUUUUGUUUUUGUUUUGUGUCUCUUUGAGGCUCAUUACCUCUUAUGUUUUCAUUUUGUAUGAGGUAACUUUGUGUUAAUUUUUUAUCUCUUUGUAGUAAUUUUGUCAUUUUGUGUCUCUUUGUGGUAAUUUUGUGUCUUUCUGUUUGUUUUGUGUGUCCUUGUAGUCAUUUUUUGGUACUUGAGAUCAUUUUGUCUCUUUCUUGGUCAUUUUGGGUCUCUUUGCAGUAGUUUUGCCUCUUUUUGUCAUAACUUUGUGUCUUUCAGAUAAAUAUUUGUCUUUUUUGGCCACUUUGUGACUCUUUUCCUUUUUUAUAGUCAUUUUGUGUCUCUUUGUGGUCAUUUUGAGUCUCUUCCUGGUUGGUACGUGUGAAUUUAAGUGACAUUUUGAAUGUGAAGUCCAGUGAGACCUCUGACACUUUAAGCUGCUGGACCUCUGCCAGGUAGGCCCGUUCAGUUUCCUCAUGUCUGUGUUAGCGAACUCUAUGCUCCCAUUUUGGACAGCUCUCUUAACUUAAAAAACAGAUUAAAAAUGAACCAUAACAAGCAGAUUUAUGUCCUUGAAUUUUUGUGUAACCCUGUGGCUGAUGUUGUGAAUGGCUGCUACUGAAACCUGAAGUUACAGAUUACACUAACAGUCUCCAUGUGUUCAUCACAUACUGUACUUACGUGACAAAAGUUAAAACUGUUAUAGACAGAUAGGGAUACAACCUAGCUCCAAGUUUUCUGUUUGUCACCUGAGGUGAAUCGAUGAAACACAACUUUAUUAUAAAAAUGAAUCAUGGCUAAAUUCCAUUUAGCUAGUGGGCUAAUCCAACACUUGUGAUUUUCAUUGUCAAAAUUUCUGCUGUAAGAAAGAAAAGAAAAGCCAAAAAUAAACUACAAUAAUUAAGGUUUUAGAGUUUAAUUUUGAUACAUAGACCCAGGGCCACAAAAUCACAUUAUGCAGGACCCAGCUGAUGUUGUAGUUAGUUGUGCACAUUUCCAAAAAAGUUCACGAACAAGUUGGUUGUUGGUUGCUAAUCCACUCCCUUCACUCACUGCCUUUAAACGUUAGAACAUGCUGCAUGGGAAAUCCAGAGAAACAGGCCUGACUGGAGUAGAGAUUAUCUUACAAUACUUAACUUAAUUACUUCCCCUCGGACCCCCCUGCAGAGGUCCAGGCUAUGCCCUUGAUGUCAUCAAAUCCUGGAAACAUCCCUGAUCCUCUUUAUUGUCCUCUUCAGACUUUUUCCCUUCUCCAUGCACACUGGACGCAGGUGAAGUUGCACCAGAAAUCCCACUGCAAACACUGCUGCUUCCUCCAUUGAACUUUCCUCCAGUCCCCAGGGGCAGUAUCGGUUGUAAUUGUGUUCUUUCUUUUAUGUGUUGAUACCAAUAAUAACACAGUAAUUCAAUCACAGGGAGUCCAACUGACUGGAGGACUUUGAACACACACAACUGCAGUCUAAUUCACUGAGGAAUUUAAACAGUCAGAGGAUCCUAAAGGGCGGGAAUGAUUUACAUAAGCAUUCAAAGCACAGAGAAGGGGGUGUUUCUGUGUCAUUUUUCCUUCUCUUAGCCUCACCCUUUUCUCUGUGUUGCACUCAGUGAGCUGCAGAGGAAUGAGCACAAUGUGGAAAACAGCAGCGUUUGUGUUCCUGCUGCUGAACAUGGACAUGCAGGUGAAUGGUGCUGUGGAUAAAACGAAAGGGUCUGCGGCAGACAACUCCAGACCAGAGAAGAAGGUGAAAACAGAAGAGGCUGAAACCACUGAAAACACCUCUGCAGGUGACUCUGCUUCUCCAGGUUUCUUGGGAAAAUUGCUGGUGGUGCCCAUGGAUGGGAGUCACUGGGUGGGUAUGAAGGCAAUAGUCCAAGAAAUGGGUCGCCGUGGACACCAGGUCACCGUUGUGAUACCAGAAGUCAGCAUACGGUUGGGUCCAGCAGAUUUCUACGACAUUGUGACCUAUCCUGUUCCUUAUGAGAAGGCUUAUAUUGAUUCUAUCAUGUCCACACACAAGGACAUGUUGCAGAAAUCUGCACAGUCCUUCAUGGAGAAGAUAAGGAAACGAUUUGCGCAAAUUCAGAAGAUUACAGGCUUGAUCCACACCACGGCAGAGAGCCUGCUGUUCAAUGACAAUGUGAUCUCACAUCUGGCACAGCAGAACUUCGAUGCCGUCCUAACAGACCCCAUGGUGCCCACAGGCUCAUUAAUAGCGCGGAAAUUAGGUCUCCCCACUAUAAAUUUGCUGAGGGGAAUUCCAUGUGGUUUGGAUAUGAAGUCUGCAGGCUGCCCCUCGCCGCCCUCAUAUGUGCCCCGCUACUUCACCAGAUACACAGAUAAGAUGAGCUUCAAGGAGAGGACGUUCAACACUUUGGUUGCUUUACUGGAGCCGCUGCUAUGCAAACUGCUCUACUGGCACUUUGACAACAUAGCCUAUCGUUUCCUGGGAGAGGAGGUGGGCGUAGCUGAAGUGCUGUCGGACUCUGCUAUCUGGCUGCUGAGGAUGGACUUCACACUGGAGUUCCCACACCCACUCAUGCCUAACGUUGUACUAGUUGGUGGAAUCAACUGUGACGUGAGAAAUCCUCUGCCUGAAGAUUUGGAGUCCUGGGUGUCGGGAGAACAUGGGUUUGUGGUGUUCACUCUGGGUACCAUGGUGUCAGAGAUGCCAGUAGAGACGACAGCUGUCUUCCUAGAAGCCUUUAGACAGAUUCCACAGAAGGUAAUAUGGAGGUACACCGGGCCGGUUCCUGACAGCAUCCCAGAAAAUGUGAAGUUGAUGAAUUGGGUGCCUCAGAAUGACCUGCUAGCACAUCCUGGAGCUCGGGCUUUCAUCACUCACGCUGGCUCCCACGGUCUCUUUGAGGGACUGUGCCACGCUGUUCCCAUGGUGUUGGUGCCAAUUUCGGCAGAGCAGCCUGACAACGCGGCGAAGUUGGUGAGCAGAAAAGCCGGAGUCGUGUUGGACAUUUUUUCGAUCACUACAGAAAACCUUCUUCAGGCACUGAAUGAGGUCAUCAAUGACACCAGGUAUAAAGAGAACAUACAGAAGCUGUCAGCUCUCCAUAAAGACCGGCCACUUGACCCUCUCGACCUCUCAGUGUACUGGACAGAAUUUGUAAUGCGGCACAAAGGGGCCAAACAUCUCAGACCUGCUGUCCAUGACCUCAACUGGUUCCAGUACCACUCCCUGGAUGUAAUAACACUGCUGGUUACUGUGGUGCUGGUUAUUGUAAUAGUGACAGUGAAAUGCUUGAAACUCUGCCUCCGGAAACUGAGCAGGAAGAGGAAGCAGGACUGAGCUGGUACUAUGUUUGCACCUUCAACUCAGCAACAACACUGUAUAUUAAUGGAGAUUAAAACACCAUCAUUUUUAUUGAAAUAUUAAAGGGUGAUUUCUGUAUUUUUCAGCCUGGACCCUUUUUUCCUCAUGUUUUUGUGUCUCAGUGACCAACUGAAACUGGUCCAGUAUCGAGCAAGAGGGCUGCAGCCAUUAAACAGGCUGAAAUGUAAUCACCUAGGGCAUAUACACGUUCAAUUUAUGUCCACUGAAAGUGUUUGCUUUGUCACUGACAGGCCCAGAUUGUUAUAUAAGUGUCUGACAACAUUAUGGAAAGGAUCCCUACAGAGAUAGACCUUUUUGUUGAACCAGAAACAGCCCCAGAGUCAAUCUCACCAAACACACCAGACUCCAUUCAAAUUAACUGUAAUUUUAGCGUGUAUAGAGCCAGCAUAUUUUCCCAUUUAACUGAGUGAAUUAAAGGUUUAUUUCAACUAAA